AUGCAGCUCUCCGCCUUCGUUUUCUUUGCAGUUUUCGGUGCUGCGUUGGCCAGGCCGCCUCCUGCGCCUGCUGACCCUUGCCCCAGUGUCCGCGACAAGCUAGUUUGUAACAACCCUGAGAUUCCAUUCAAGCAGUGUACUAAGUUGACCGCAACUGUCUGGCAAGUCAAAGUCUUGCUCUUCCACCAUAUCGUCUUGCACGCCAUCGCCUCAUGCCGGAUAUACCUGGGUCAAUAUGUCGACCCCCAGGCAGGUUGUGCUUACAUUGCUCGAUGCUGGCAGCCUGUGUUGAACGGUCGCACCUGGCAAGCCUAG